CCAUUAUCCCCAGUCUGUAAAAUCUUUGUCGAAAUCUUUUGAGGGUACCUGAUGCAGCGGCGAUGAAAAGAAAAAGGAGUUGUUCAGAAGCAGGAUCCAGGAGCCACCACACAUCUGGAGCUCAGUUCGAGGUGUUCUUGAGUUUUCGAGGACCUGACACUCGUGCUAACUUCACAGAUUCCCUCUAUCAUGCCCUGUUAGAUAAGGGUAUCCAUGUUUUUAUGGACAAGAAGGGGAUCGACGUCGGAGAAGAGAUCGGCCCCGAGAUUUUCCAGGCCAUCGAUGGCUCGAAAAUCUGCAUUCCCAUCUUCUCAAGAGAAUACGCCUCUAGUAGCUGGUGCCUGCGCGAGCUGGAACACAUGAUGGAGCGUAGGAAAACUAAGGAACUGGAGGUGUUGCCCAUUUUCUACGACGUGGAACCCUCCGAUGUGAAACUUGAAACCGGAGUGUACAGGGACGCAUUGAAUCUGCACAAAGAAAAACGUGGGGCUGAGAUUGUCCAACGCUGGGAAGAGUCGCUCAGGGAGGUUGCUGGAAUCAAGGGAUGGGACACCAAAAACACAGGGUAUGUGAACACAUUCAACUUCAUCUUCCCUUUUCUCUCUGUUUCUUUUGCCUUUGCUUGAAUAAUGGUUAUGAUAUG